AUGGACAGCGAAUGCGCUGUGUGUGUCCAUCGUUCCUCCUACACGGCAAACCAGCACGCCAGAGGCCCCGGACUAUGGCGAUGCGUCCAUUGCCAUUACUCCGACGCCUCAUGUGCGAGGCAGCCCGACGGCGGCAGAUUCAACAACUCCACCACGGCCGUCGUCACACGAUCGGCCCUGGAGCGGCCCUUUGCGCAAGGCGCUUUUCGCUGGGUGGCCAAGGGGAGAUACAGUUCAGGACCUCGCCAGGGGCAGGCGUGCGUCUUCAAGUGGUUCAAGGCGGGCUCUGUCUUCUCCCAAGACUAUUUCAACCUCGACAUGAAGGGUGUUGACAAGGCGUUGGAGUUUGUCAACACGUUCAACCAGAUGGGCAUCAUCAACAAAGUUAUCAAAAUCAACGUGCCCCAAGUGUGGCAGUUUAACCAUAGUAGCGACAGUGAGUGGUCAGGUCAAAAGGUCCUUUGCGAGCCAUUUAUCCAAAACUACCAAAAGUUCAACAGCAAUAGUGGGUGGCAUACCGAGACCAGGGCCUGGGGGGAAGUCAUGCAGGCUCUGAGCCAUUUUAGCUACCACCUCUCGGCCGGCGAUUUUGUCCUGUGCGACCUCCAAGGCGGCAUCUACCAGCACGAGGUCGUCCUCUCGGACCCUGUCAUCCUGUCCCGGGAUCGCCAGUACGGCGUGACGGACCUUGGGCCCGACGGCAUCAGCUCAUUUUUCGCCCAGCACUACUGCAACAACUACUGUCACCGGAGCUGGACGCGCCCCGGUAGCACGCUACAGUACUUCCGCCCUGUGCCAGGCACGACUAUGAUACAACGAUCCGUGGGUACGGAAUAUUCACGACCAUACCGAACGAGGUUCUAUGGGUAG